UGUUAUCCUGGGUUAAAUGCAUGGUUUAUUUUUAGAAAGGAUACAAAUCAAACUUUCAUCAACCAACAUUAUUAUACACUGCAGAAAUCUUCUAGAAGAUGUGACAGUAGUGUGUUGUGACUGACUAAUACACCUCCUGGUGUGUGUAUGUCUACCAUAUCAGAUAACAGGACGAGACAAAUUACUGCAUUAGUUCAUUAUUGUCUGUACUGUGAGUUCUCCCUGUGUAUUCUGACACCUUUCUAUCAGAACCAGCAUUAUCUUCUUCAGCAAUUUUAGCAAAAGUAGCUCGUCUGUUGGAUCGGAUCACACGGGCCAGCCUUCACUCCCCACAUCCAUCAAUGAGCCUUUGACCCUGUCACCAGUUCACCACUGUUCAUUCCUUGAACCACUUUUGAUAGAUACUAACCACUGCAGACCGGGAACACCCUAGCUAGCUAACUAUCACAAUUUGGUUCUGGUCAAUCUCACUCAAAUCCUUACACUUGCUCAUUUUUCCUGCUUCUAACACAUCACCUUUGAGGACAAAAUGUUCACUUGCUGCCUAAUAUAUCCCACCCACUAAUCAGUGUUAUUCACUUCACCUCUCAGUUAUCAUAAUGUUAUGCCUGAUCGGUGUACAUGGCAGUUAAUGGUUUGGUUAUGUUAAAUGACCCCUACAUUUGAUUAACUGUGCAAAUGUGUGUGUAUGCAAGGUAACUAAGUAAAAUAAAUAAAUAAAAUAAAAUAAACCACCAGACAAAACACAAAGCCCUUUGAUGUCCUCGGUAUUGGAAACAUGUACAAACUUAUACUACGUUCUUUCCUAAAAUAUUAGAUGUCUCCUUACAGAAAACUUUACAAUAUCGACAAGUAUACAUUUUAUUUAGAUCAAUAGAAACAGUAAAAUAUCAGAAUAAGCACUUUAUUAUAAACCCGUGUUUCAGACAUGCCUACAUCACUACGCUUAGAGCUGCUGUUACAGAAAAAUCAAUUAACACAAUCGAACCAAUCAGAUCUCAAAAUCCAUUUUAAAGCACGUCUUCGGAAAUAAACUGAUACUUAAUCCCAUCUCCUUGCUUGAAAUAGCGCAAUGCUCAGAGCUGCUAUGCUCUAGCUUCAGCUCUCUCUCUCUUCACUGAAACCGUGCAGAUAAGUGAUCAGUAAAUCUGUAACCUCCUAGACAUAUUGCUAUUACUACUACUAUAAAUGUAAAAAUUACUCGGAUGCCUAAAAGAAACCUUCACAGACAGACAGCUUCAGCUGUGUGCUAUUAAAAGCACAGGAGUCCCAAAGCUCUUGUUGGUGGAGCUGCUGCUCAGAGUGUCCGAGCUGAGCUGUUGGUAGAGCUGUGAGAAAAGUUAACUCAGGACAAACUUCUCAAACCUCUGCACUCAGGAUUCAAAUCACGUGACUUGCUUUUAUAUUCUGAGAUACCUGAAAAGACUUUCAAACACCACCAUGCAUAAGCACAACAGUGCAGAGUCACAAAUGCCCACAGUUUUGCUGCUGUCUGUUGUUGUGGUGGUGGCAGCAGGAAUAUUCCAUCUGUACAGUGUGAUACUGCAAAUGCUGCACAAAACACCUGUGCAAAACAAAGUAGUGCUAAUAAGCGAUUCAUUAUCAGCCCUGGGGAAAGAGUGUGCAAAGCUCUUCCACAAGCGAGGAGCCCGGCUGAUCCUCUGUGGGAAGAGCUGGGAAAAGCUUGAAGCUCUGGCACAGCAGCUGGUCAAUGAAUCAGAUCCUAUUUUAACAUUCCCACCGAAAUUAAUACAGCUGGAUUUCACAGACAUGGAGAUGAUGCCAGAUGUGCUGUCAGAUGUACUUGACUGCUAUGGCUACCUGGACAUUCUCAUCAUUAACAGCAGCAUGAAAGUGAAGGCACCUGCACAGUCUCUGUCUCUGGAAAUGGACAAGACAGUUAUGGAUGUCAACUACUUUGGACCAAUCACGCUGGCCAAAGGUGUUCUGCCCUCAAUGAUCUCCAGAAGGUCUGGCCACAUUCUCCUGGUCAACAGCAUUCAGGGAAAACUGACCGUUCCUUUCCGAACAACUUAUGCUGCCUCCAAACAUGCAGUACAAGCCUUCUUCGACUGCCUAAGAGCUGAGGUGCAAGAGUCUGGCAUCUCUGUUAGCACCAUCAGCCAUACCUUUAUAACCUCUGCUCCCACAACCCAGCACACCACCACGAGCAAUUCCAUCCUGUCAGUGCUAACAGGACAGAAACCUCAUGGCAUUUCACCAGAAGAGAUGGCCAAUGCAAUACUGCAAACUUUGGGCAGUAAGAAGAAAGAAAUCAUCAUGGCCCACUCCAUCUCAAAAGCAGCUAUCUACUCCCGCUCUCUCUUUCCCAACUUCUUCUUCGCUGUAAUGGCAGCAGGAGUGAGGAAAGCUACAAGUGUGGAGCAGUGAAAUGUGACAUUAUUUGAGCUGUAUUCAAAACCUUUUGUGUUUUUAUCACAAGUACUCUUGUGAAAUUACAUCAUGUCACAAAAUGUUAAUAUAUUUGUAGUGAAACAAAUAGAUUUAUGUUCCUGAAUGUGAUAUACACCGAUCAGGCAUAACAUUAUGAGCACUGACCGGUGAAGUGUAUAACACUGAUUAUCUCCUCAUCAUGGCACUUGUUAGUGGGUGGGAUAUAUUAGGCAGCAAGUGAACGUUUUGUUCUCAAAGUUGAUGUGUUAGAAGCAGGAAAAAUGGGCAAGCAUAAAGAUUUGAGCAAAUUUGACGAAGGGCCAAAGUGUGAUGGCUAGACGACUGGAUCAGAGCAUCUCCAAAACUGCAGCUCUUGUAGCGUGUUCCCGGUCUGCAGUGGUCAGUAUCUAUCAAAAGUGGUCCAAGGAAGGAGCAGUGGUGAACUGGUGACAGGGUCAUGGGUGGCCAAGGCUCUUUGAUGCACGUGGGGAGUGAAGGCUGGCCCGUGUGAUCCAAUCCAUCAGACAAGCUACUGUUGCUCAAAUUGCUGAAGAAUUUAAUGCUGGUUCUGAUAGACAGGUCAGAAUACACAGUGCAUGACGGGUCAGGGCUGUCUUGGCAGUAAAAGGAGACCAACACAAUAUUAGGUAGAUGGUCAUAAUAUUAUGCCUGAUCGGUGUAUACGGUAAAAGUGACCAUUUUCCCCUACACCUUCCUUCUAAGGACCUUUCUUAAGAUCUUUGUCUAUUUUCCACGGAUUUCUGCAAGUCUCUAGUUCCUUCAGUUGUUUGGUAGUCUUUGUGUCUUUCAUGUUUGGUCCAUUUCUAAAUCAUUGUUGUGGCAGCUCGCCAUGUUUUUACUAUCUUCUCCAUCUAUGUGAUAGUUUAGCUCUUUGUAAUUGUUGUUUAAGGGCAUGUAAAAGCUGUUUUAAUAACAUCACUGACUCUUAACAUAAGUGUUUACAGCAAACUGCUUGAGAAUAACAGCCUGUCGCAUUACAAUAGAGGAUAAAUA